AUGACCAAAAGAAUUGCUCGGCAUCGGAUAAAGAAGCCUCUGACAGACGAAGACGUCGAUGUGGCUCCAAACUCCAAUAAUUCAGAAGAUGGUGCUACUCAUGAGGAUAACAUUUCAUUAUCGGAUGUUAGAAAUCAAUUUUUAAAACAAGAGAAAUACCAAAGAAUUAUUGAAUCAUCAAUUCAUGCUUUUGAAGAAAUGAUCAACAUGCGAUGUGCAAUGGAAGAAAGUAGUCAUACUGAAGAAUUGAUUGUUGAAGAAUUGAAGAAUAUUUAUGAAAGUUUUGAAAAUGGCAUGUUGAAAUGCAUUUCUCCGAUUCUGAUUGUUAAAACCACUCAAAGCAAACUAUUGGACCCUUUUUUUAUCAAGGAUUCAAACGAUAUAUACGAUGAAAUGAUGAACAUCUCAAGCGACGAUGAAGAAGAUGAUGACUAUUACAGAAAUCGAACAUCUGAGUUGAAAGCAUUGGACCGAUUUGAGAUUUGUGUUUUCAGGUCAGAGUCAAGACACGCAACUUUAAAAUCGUUAUUGAGCGUUUUACAAUCAAAAUAUGACGUAUCUCAAUUUUCUGACGCUGUAGAACAGGUCAAACAAAACUCAAAAUCAGCACUUAUAUUUAUAUUUGAAAAUGCUCAUGUUAUUGAGCCAAUUGCUCAAUGGCUUGAUUUGUGCAGCCAUUAUACCCAUCUAAUGCCCAUUAUUAAUAUUUUACGUGUAGAUGAAAAGGGAAAAGACGUGUUGGAAGGACUGAUCACGGAUAUGAGUAAAUUCACGAUCAAGGUGUUUAAAACUCAAUCGAUGGCAAAGCCUUUAUUUAUGAGGUGCAUGGACGAGCUCUUUAUUCAAAAAAAUUUUAAUAUUUACCUGAGACCAACUUUUGACCUUACAACAUUUAUGAUUACUAAUUUCUCUACGAUAAGAAAGUUUUCAAACAUUCUAAAACAACUAUAUACUAGGCAUUUCUUUUACAGACCUAUUUCUGUAUUCUCAAAAGCAUUUUUCACGUUGGACGACACAAAGUGUUUGAAAAUUCUUUUUUCUGAUGAGCUCUACCCCAUGCUUUGCGAGUUCCCUCUAUUAAUUCAUAUUUCGGAGAAACAAUUUCUGAAGAUCAAGCCCACAACUGUCUUUACCAAUUUCGAUUUUUCUUUUAUUUACAUCCAACAAAGCUGGUUUAAAAAAAUUAUUCAAGCGCUCAAAGGAAACAUUCCCCAAAGCAAUAUUAUAGACUUUUUGGGAUGUUGCCAAGUAAUAAUUGAUGAGAUAAGAAGCAAGCAACCACAAUUCUUUGAGGAUGAAUACAAUGUAAUUGUAGAGCUAUUUGAAACUGUAACGGUACCGAAAGAUCAUGACACAUCGUUUGGAAAAGAUAGCAUUAUUCCAAUUGAAAUAUUUAACACCAAAGCUGAGGAAUAUAAAGAGAGCGACAAUGAAAGUGACAACUCUGAAGAUCUUGUUCCUUCAAUUGAUACAGACCAGCUUAUUCCAAAAACGAAAGACUCCUGCUUUUGCAAUGUCAUGAUUAAACCGAAAGAAAGGGUGACAUGCAAGACGUGUGGCAAUUCUUUCCAUAAGGCAUGUGUUGGGGUUGCCAAGCUUCCAACUCAAUAUUACUAUUGCGAUUCAUGUAGAAGCCGUACAACUGAGGAUACGCUGUAUUGUUUUUGUCAGCAACACUCUUUUGGUGACAUGGUCGAAUGUGACAAUUGUAACAAAUGGUUCCAUUGUUCAUGUGUUGGAGAAAACAUUGAAGAUUAUCCAGGAGAUGUCAAGUAUUUCUGCAAAUACUGCAAGUCCUUAAUGGAAUACCAAGCAGGAAAGAAUGUACAAAAAUUGGACACGACCUGUAAAUGUGGUAGAUCUGGGCAACAGUUUGAAAUGAUUCAUUGUGAACGUUGCAAGCGUCACUAUCACUUUGGUUGCAUGAAUUUGACUCCAUCAAUGGUGGAAACCAUACACAAGUAUUAUUGUGACGAUUGCUGCCACAAAUACAAUGACGAAAUUGAAUACAAGAAGAAAUCAAAAACGCAACGAAGACGAUCCAAUGUCGCAGAAAAAGUUGGCAGUUCUGUUCCCGUGCACAAUGUUGCGUCCACUACGUGGGAAAGUAUUCAAAAUCGUUUGCGCAAUUUAUUUAUGGAUCUCUUUGCUUCACCUUCCUCAGUGUACAAGGUAGAUUUUAUUUUCAAUGAUAAGGAUGAUUACAAAAAGCCAUGGAUUGAACGAUUGGUUGGAAAUGAAUUAUUUUUCAUUCAACCAGCUUUUGGGCAAUCAUUAGAACAAUUUUUAAGACCAAUGACAAGAAGAGAAACCUAUGAGAAUAACCUUGCAUUUUGCCAGCCUGUCGUAUUCCUCUCUGAAAACAAAACUCAAAAGUUCGUAGCUCCAGAUAUUUAUUUGGCCAAACAAACGUUGGAGCAAUGCAAAAUGAAUGCUCGAUAUGAAAUUGAUUAUGAAGAAUGGUUGGAUCGAUUUGCUCAAAUGAAGGGUUCAAAAAAAACAAACCCCAAGCUUCAAUCUCUAUUCAACAUGCAAGUACGAGCGCUGUAUUUGAGGGGUGUGAUUGACUUGACCAAAAGUAAUGGUGUUGUGAAAAGAAUUAUUUAA